GCUGCCGCUGACCGUCGUCUCGCUGGACCUGGCCCGGUGUGGGGACGGAAGCUUCUGCGAGUGGGCCGGCCACUCCCGGGCGCGCGCCGCCACGUCUUGCCUGUUCGACGCCCGCUUCGUGGCCGUGGAUCGGCUGCGCGAUGCGGACCUGGUGGGCGCCGACCUCCUCGUCCUGCACACCACCUCGGCGCAGGAGGGGCUCUCGAGGGAGGAGCAGGAGAGCGCGGCACGGUACCUCCAGGGCGGCGGGACCGCCCUGAUCAACUGCUUCUCGAACUGGACGAGCAACGGCGGCGCGGCCCGGGAGGUGACCGCCUUCCUCGGCGGCGUCCGCCCCAUCGCCGGCUCCAGGUUCGGCGGCGCGACCCGGCGGCUCCUGUGCGAGGACCCCGGCGCGGCCUGCGCCGACCUCUCCUCGCGGGGCCCUGGGGCCCGGCGGAGAGGUGCGCCAGGUACGGCGCCACGCUCGGGGUGGCGGAGGCCGUGGGCGGCCUCCGGAGGCGCGGGCCGCCGCGCGCCCCGGGGCGGCUCUGGAGCUUCGGCGGCCCCAAGGAGAGCCCCCUGGCGCGGUGUUCUCUAA